AACUAUCCAUUGUUGGGUAAUUUCAUCGACUCCAGUGAAAUAGAAAUAGAGGAAUUUUGGGAUUUAUUGCCAGAUAUUUUUGGAAGUGGCAUUGCGGCUAAUCCGGAUAACUACUUGGACGAAGACGAAUUUGACUCCAGCUACGAGGGUCUGAUUCGACUGUGCGAACGCAUCGGUGAUGCAAAACCCAAAGGUGUUCCGGAGCACAUUGUUGAUAGUUUGCCGACGAAAUUAUAUUCUUUGAGCAGGGGGAAGGGCCCGGAAGAAAG